UCAUCAGUCUCAAAAAAGGUACCUUUUCUCCAUACAAUUCAAGCUUCUUCACUGUAGAUCAUAAACAAAAGAAGCAAACAAGGAGAAUUGGAAGGCCAGGUGCCAAGAAGUUCACAUCAUCAUUCUCUCAAACACUUUGACGUCAUCAAUCACACAUUCGUUCCCUCUUUCCGCUCAUUUUCAACUUCAUCAUUACACAUUAAUACUCUCAAACAUCAUUCACACAUCUUAAAAUCAUGACAUCCUCACCUCUUAUCUCCGGCCCUGACUGGCAAUCAUUCGUUCAAUCUGCUACCAGCAAAGCAGGUGCAAGUGGCAGCAAUCUUGCAAUUCCUUCAACUUCAUCACCUCCGCCUUUGGCUCGUCAUUGGGGUCCCAAUAGCCUAGGCGGCGAGGCUUUGCAAACGCCAGUACGAUCUGAUGUACAAAGAAGAAACAGCAAUAUCACCGAUCCUAUCGGUUCACGUCCUGGUUCACGUGCGGAUCCUGGAAUUUCUCCUUCGCAUUCUUCGCAAUACGGUGUUAGUGCAAAUAGCAGUGGUACUUCUUUACCAUCUUCAGCCAAUAGCAGUAACAAAAGAUUGAAUUCAAGACCAAGUGCUCAUGCAGCAGCUGGCGUGAUGGCAGCUGCGAAUUCCGCCGCUGCCAGAUCUCGUGCUACAUCGCCUGCCAUCUCAAGUUCUGACGGACAUACGAGCAUGAUGGGUUUAGGAACGUCAUACCAUCAAAACUCGCUUCGCUACGAUCAAGCCAGCAGUUCACCUUCUUUCAUCACUGCGAAAAGUAACAUGCCCGGCAUGGAAGGCGUUUUUGCAGCUUCGACUGGAGACAGCAUUUUCCUUGGUGACCAUAGAGGACUUGCAGGCACGCCAAAAUUGGUCGUCGAAGAACCAGAAUCAAAUGGUCGUUUGGCAUCUGGUGCAGACAAUGACUUACCCAAUAGUCCUUCAGGCGAUUUGACAGCCUCGUUUACUGGAAUGAUGAAUCGCUCAAAUGAUGCACAGAGAAAUGGAGAAGGUUCAAAUCAAUUCGGACAGAACUCUUACACUACGAGACAGGCAGCUCCGCAACCUCUUCGUUCAGAGUCAUCAUCCAAUUUGCCCUCGUCUUCAUUCUCUUCUUCUUCUUUGAAUUUGCCGAAUGAAGCUCUUCUUUCACCUUCUGCUGCUUCUGGACCUCUCUCUGCCUUUGGCGUGGGCAUGAAUGGCACGCAAAAUACAGCUAGCAACGCUACACCAACCAAUGCUGGUUAUCCCUUCCCGGGAGGUUUGAGCAGCCCAGGUGCAAAUAUGAGCAGUAUGCAAUCAUUCGGUUCCUUUUCCGAUCAAUCAGGCAUUACAUCACCCGGCGUAGAUGGCUUCCGCAAUACACAAAGCUUUGGUGGUGGUGGUGCAGCUGCUGGGUCGUCGGAUUUUGAUGCACAAAUCAUGUCCUCAAGAAUCGUACAAGAGUUGAUGGACCGCGUUAUGAAGACGGAGAAUGGAUUGCGUGAUGUUAAUCGUCAAAUUGUGGGAUUAAACAGAAAUGUUGGCAUUUUGCUGGAGCGUACCAAACAUAUGAGCUCUCAUCAUCAUCCUAUGCGCAGUGGCAGUACACCCGUCAAUUCUGGACAAGGCGGUGCACAUAUUGCAACGGAAGAAGUUCGAGCUCUCAGUGCACAAGUAUCCAUGUUGAGUGCAAGUAUGUCACAAAUGCUCGGUCAAAAUAUGGCCAUGGCUUCUCCGGCCGGAAUGCCAGCUGGGAAUGCACAAGGUCUCAAUACGCCUUUGGCAGGCUUAGGAUUAGCAGGUGGUACGCCUCAACUAGGCAGCACAAGUACGGUGACUACCCCACAGUUGGGUACCUUUCCUGGAACACCGGCAUAUGCGAAUGGCUCCAGAUUUGGUGGAAUGUCAAACAUGAACAACAUGAGUGGAGAUGCAGCAUUACGAAUCUCAACCAACAAUAAUGCAAUGCCACAUGUGGAUCGUAACAGCCGUCUUAGUCCACGUCCAGGUGCAAGUCCAGGACCAAACAAUCGAAGAUGGAGCUCAAUGGUACCAGGAACGCCAGAUGUGAGCGUUGGAACUGGCUCACAGAUGACCGGAGGUGCAAUGAACCCACCUGAUCCGAGUGUGAUUGUGACAAAGUGGGAACAUCUUAACUUGCAUGCAGAUCUCUUGCGCUCAAUCUUGAAAUACGGAUUAGGUCCACCAAACAAGAUUCAACAAAGAGCUCUUCCGUUCUUGCUAAGAGGAAGCGAUAUCAUUGCUCAAGCACCUCCAACGCAGGAACGUAUUGCAAGUUAUGUGAUUCCAGUUCUGCAACUUGUGCUUAAUGUUCUGCGAGGCGAGGCAACAUUGCCUUCCAAUAUGGGCGUCCGUGGUCCCAUGGCAAUCAUCAUCAGCACUACGGUUGAUCAAGCCACUCAAGCUCAACGAAUGGCUAUGGGUCUAGGUGCUGCAUUAGGCAUCCGUGUCCACAUUGCAGCAGCUUCUAGUCUGGAUGUAGCUCAAGAGGCCAGUGCAUUGAUCCAGACCCAACCUCAAAUUGUCGUAGGAACGCCGCAAAAGAUGAUGGACCUUUUCAACUAUUUGGCAAACAAUACAAAAGGUGCAAUUAGCUUGGAAGACGUUCGAGCUGUUGUACUGGAUGAAGUAGAUCAAUUGAUUGCUCGUAAUCUUGCCGAUCAUGUAUCGACAUUAUUGCGCAUUCUCCCAACUCCUAGAGUUAUUCAAUAUGGUAAUUCGCCCUCUGGUUCAAAUACCACACAAAGACCAGGUUUACCACCCGUUUCACCAGGCCUGCCUGCUUUCCCAGGUACUUCUGACAAUAAUGGCAACAACAGCGGCGCGAUUCAAGUCACAAACACGGACAGACAAACAGCCAUCUUUUCAAACACUGUACCUCAAGAUGUCCUCAAUUUUGCACAGAGUAUUCAUUUACGUGAAUCUGUCCGUGUCCUCGUACGUCGUGAAGGAGGAGCUGUUUCGAAUACAAACAAUUCGAGUGGUGUUGCAGGUAGUCCUAUGGGCGGCCACUCUUUUGGAACAGCACAAAGUGGUACACCGGGCUUGUCAGGUCAUACAGGCAGCCAGAAUACCUUCAAUGCAGCUAAUGGGCCUGGUUCAUCGAUCUCUGCGGUUCAACCGAUUAACGCACUCGGUGCCAGUCCUGCAAACAAUCAUGCCAAUCCUCUAAGUGAUCCGAUCUUGUCCUCAUUGCGUGGUCUACGCCAAUAUUAUCUUUAUGUCGCUGUUACGACUGGCGGAGGUGCAACAAGUCCAAACCCCAACGUUGGAUCACAAAUGGCCCAUGCAAUCGAGAUGAAGUUGGAUGUCAUCACGGAUCUUUUGGAGGAUAUUGAUUUCGGACAUGCAGUUGUCUAUACAUCUUCUUCUUCUGCACAUGAAGCCGUGACGUACAAGCUUGCCAGUAAAGGAAUUGAAGCUCUAGGUAUUCACCGUGACAUGGCUAGCACGACUCGACAACAAGUAUUGGCAAAAUAUCGCAGUGCAUCUACCGUCUCAUCAACCAAUUAUCAUGCAGCAGGUCAUUCUGUCGUUGGUGCAAUGGGUAAUCAAGCAAAUGAAAGUGCGGCUUUGGCAGCUUUGGGUGGUGGUAAUACCAAUUCGAACGGAUCGCAAAGGAAGAAGGCAUUGGUUGUUCAUGAUGUCAACGUUCAUCCAAAAGAUGUUCAUCAAGUGCCUUUGAUUGUGUUUUAUGAUUUACCAAAAAGCGUUGACGAUUACAAAGAAAAGAUUGCAUGUGCCGCAAGUGGCGGACCUAACAGUCGACCAAGCGUUUGUGUGAAUGUUGUGACCGGUAGCGGAGGACCAAGAGGCGAUAUCGAAAUGUUACGUACGUUGGAAUGUCAUCUUGGCUGCAAGAUGGCCGAAUUGCCAAUGAAUCCCGCACAAAUCCUUCAAUUCUAAUUUCCUGUUCUUACACACUCUUUUUUCGUCUUUUUUUCGUAUACAAAUUUACUGUAGCAAAUUUCUCUUCUUUUCUCUCUUUUUUCUUUCUCACUAUGUUUAUUUCCGGAUCUUUCAAUUUUUGUGUAUGACCUCCUUUUCAUCUUUCUUUCUUUAUUGAUUCUGUAGCUCAAUCACAAACCCUUCUGUAAUUUGCAAUACUAUGAAGAGCAUCACAAAGUG